AUGGACAAAUUACAAGAAGAUAUAGAACUUAAAACCAGUCUCAAGAAGAAACUAAAAAUCAGAGUUCACCUCCCAGAAGCUGACAAUGCCCUCUCAGUGGAGGAAACAGCUAGAAAAGAUGUUCAUCUGUUCACCGACAUAAAACUUAUCAAAGGCCCAUUUUUAACAAACCAAGGAACAAGCAAGCCCUGUGGCCACCUGCCUCCUGAAAAGGAGCUGGUGUCUAUCUCUGAAUCAGAGGAGGAGGAAGAGAAUGACAAGGAAGAGGAGGACCUAGAUCCAGAUGAGGCUCCAGACCCAGAGGAAGGAGAGAACGAUGUCAGGGUUCCAGCUGAGCUCAAUGCUGUCCACAACUCUCAGAGAGGAGUUGGCUCCUCUUUAACCAAGGCACCUGGUGUACCAGGGAUGUCAUCUGCCUGCUUGCAUUUUCGGUGGCAGGUAAGUCUGUUCCACUCCCCAUUAUCAAUUCCUUCCCAGCCUACACUUCGCAACACCAGCUCUCCAGUGCGGCAGUUUGGACCUCAGCUGCCUUCGCCAGACCCAUCUCUCUUCUACAGCCCACCAAGCUCGUUGUCUUUUCGCUUCAGUCAUCUGACCCAGCUCCAUCCUCGACAUCAACGGAUCUUGCAACAGCAGCCGCUGCCACAUGAUCAAAUGAGUGCCCCAACAAAGAAGCCUUGGUCUCGGCAGCCAGACCCCUAUGCUAACUUUAUGACCGGAAAAGAGAAGGAGUGGGUGAUAAAAGUGCAAAUGGUUCAGCUGCAGAGUGAGACUCCUCGCUUGGAUGACUAUUACUAUCAGGAAUAUUUUCAGAAACUAGAGAAGCAGCAAGAAGAUGAAGAACUGCUUGGGAAAAGGAGCGGGGUUGAAUCUCUCAAACUGGUAACUCCUUACAUUCAGAAGGCAGAGGCUUACGAGUCAGUUGUUCGAAUUGAGGGUUCUCUGGGCCAGGUAGCCAUAUCAACAUGUUUUAGCCCUCGCCGAGCUAUAGAUGCUGUACCCCAUGGAACUCAAGAACAGGAUGGAGGGGCUGCAAAGAGUCAGAAGCUUUGGGUAUUAUAUCGGAUUGAGAAGAUGUUCCUUCAGUUACUAGAGAUAGAGAAGGGCCAGAAAGAUGGGUCUCCACAGCGCUGGUCGUCGAAACAGCAGUGCAUCCAGGUUGAGAAGCUCUUCCAAACCUUGAUGCCCCAGGAGCAGAAAAACUUAGAGGAGGCGGCAGAUGGUUUCCUGCAGGUGCUGUCUGUGAGGAAGGGGAAGGCCCUGGUGGCCCGGCUACUCCCCUUCCUGCCACAUGAUCAGGCUGUUAGCCUUCUUCUGGCUAUCACCCACCAUCUGCCCUUCCUGGUUCGGAGGGAUGUGGCUGAUCAGGCCUUACACAUGCUGUUCAAGCCUCUGGGCAAAUGUAUCAGUCACUUGACCUUCCAUGAACUCCUGAAAGGACUUCAGGGACUAAUACUGCUUCCAUCUGCCACCUCAGAGAGGCCAGUCACUGUGGUGCUUCAGAAUCAGUUUGGAAUAUCUUUGCUCUAUGCCCUGCUGAGUCAUGGGGAACAGCUGAUAUCUCUGGAUUCUUCCCUAGAGGAACACAACAGUGACCAUAAAGCUUGGACAAAGAUGGUGGUUUUGAUUGCCUGGGAGAUAGCCCAGACCCCUACAGCAUCUCUGGCAGAACCCCUAGUCUUCCCUAGCAACCUUCUCCCCCUGUUCUGUCACCACGUGGACAAACAAUUGGUGCAACAGCUGGAAGCCAGGAUAGAAUUUAUGUGGGAGAAUUCUAAUAGGAAUACACCAACUGACAAGCCCAAAUUGCUAGCUCUUAGUAAAAACAAUGAACUGUUCGUCUAUGAAUUUAAUUUGAAAGAUGGAAGAUGUGAUGGAGCCAUUUUGUACAGCUGUAAUGGGGAAACAUUACAAAAGCUCAUCAAAGACCAAAGUAUCAGUAUUUCUUUAUCAUCUUUGAUAAUUCUGUCAUUUAAUAACAACACAUCAUCAUUGUUCAUCAACAAAUGUAUGGUCCUGCACAUUCUGUUUCCUGAAGAAGCAGCUGAGAUUAGAGGGCUCAGCUGUUUCAUGCUGCCUUUGCCUGUACAGGCAGUGGAUGAGAUUAUUGACACACAGCUUUGCAGAGGAAUUCUUUUUGUUUUGAAUAGGUUAGGUUGGAUCUAUGUUUUUGACAUCGUGGAUGGUAGACAUAUAGCUCAUGUGGACUUAGCGCUUUGUCAAGAAGAUGAGUGUCAUGAACAUCAGCAAGAACCAGCCACAAAAAUGUCGUUUACAUCAAUGAAAGUGUCUCAAGACCUAGAUGCUGUUGUCAUUGUCAGCUCCUCCAGUUCUGCAAUUGCUCUUAACUUGAAUUUGUAUUUCAGGCAACAUCCAGAACACCUGCUGUGUGAAAGAAGUCUACAAGAUCAUCCUAUUCAAGGGCCUAAAGGAGUAGAUGAGGAUGAUCCUGUUAACUCUGACUAUAACAUGAAGCUGACCAAGUUUUCCUUCCAGGUUGACAGGUCAUGGAAAGCUCAGCUGUCAUCAUUGAAUCAUACAAUAAAGGACUCUAAACUGGAGAUUUCCCAUUGUACUCCAUGGUUCCAGGAUCUUUUGCAUUUGGAAUCUUCUGAAUCUGAUAAUCAUGGUAUCAUUGUGCCAAGUUGGACCUUCAUUUCAGAAGACCUGUGGUAUAGCCAGUAUAAUUUUCCACAGAAAGAUAGUCAUGCUGAGCCCAGGGAUCUAAGAAGGCCCUGGAAGAUAAUGCAUAGUAUUGAACAAGAGGAACCCACAGAGCUUGAAUGUAUAUCUAUGACAGGAUUCACUGUGCAGUUUUCUCAGGCAGGGGAAAGAACUGGCUACUGCUCCAUUGUUUUCUGGGAUUUGGAGACCCAGGGCAUACAGUGUUUUCCUCUUGGCAAAAAAUGUAUUCCUGUAGAGAAUGGUGGAGCCCAACAGCUGUGCCUCAUUAUUACAGAAAAUGGACUUUCUCUGGUUUUGUUUGGUUUGACUCAAGAAGAGUUUUUGAAUAGACUGAUGAUCCAUGGAAGUGCCAGCACUGUCGACUCUCUGUGUCACCUCAAUGCUUGGGGGAGGUGCUCAAUACCCAUACACGCACUAGAGGCUGGGAUAGAAAAUCGCCAGCUGGACACUGUAGAUUUCUUUUUGAAGAGCAAAGAAAACCUUCUGACUCCUUCCUCAGAUUCUUCUGUGCUUGAUCAGUCUGAUAGCAUUUCAUCCAGUUUAUAUUUAAAAAAACUCGAUGAACAUCUGCAAAAGGGAGUGAAUAUUUUAACCAGCUAUAUUAAUAAACUUCGAACCUUCAUGAUAAAGUUUCCUUGGAAGCAGACAGAUACUUUGGAUGAAUACGAUGUAAAUGGAGAUGUCUCCAUUGUAAAAGAGAGUGAUUUGUGGGAGAAACUUAGUAUUGAGGAGGUUAUUGCUAAUGCCAUUUUAAACAACAAAAUACCAGAGGCGCAAACUUUCCUCAGGAUUAAUGAUCAUUCUGCUCAAAAACUCGAAGAACUAAUUAAAAUAGGCUUAGAUUUGGUCUUUGACAGUUUAAAAAAGAACAACAUAAAAGAGGCCUCUGAACUUUUAAAGAAUAUGGGUUUUGAUGUAAAAGACCAGUUGCUCAAAAUAUGCUUCUAUACAACUGAUAAAAACAUACGAGACUUUUUGGUUGAAAUUUUAAAAGAAAAAAAAUUUUUUUCCGAAAAUGAAAAAAGAACAGUAGACUUUGUUCAUCAAGUUGAGAAGCUUUAUUCAGGACAGUCCCACGAAAAUGUGCAGAUCCAGCCCUUUUCCAGGUACUGGAUAAAGGAACAGGAUUUUUCAAAACACAAAUCUGUUUUGGAUUCAGCCCUGAAAUACCAUAAAGAUGAAUUUGACAAACAAGAUCUUAGAAUUGUGUUAAAUUGGGCUCACUGGUGGGAUCAAGCAACACAAGAAUCCAUCCUUCUUCACAGGAUAAGUACAGAUGACUACAGAUCUUAUUCUCCUGAAGUCCUCUGGAGACUCCUCACAGCUCACCAUGAUUCAUUAAGCAUUAAUUUAUGGAUCAGAGAAUUUCAAACCCAGGAUAGUUCUGCUUCACUUCAGCAGAACAAAUGGCCCUUUCUGAGUGUUGAUGUUAUGGAUCAGAAUACUUGCUGCAACAACUACAUGAGAAAUGAAAUUUUAGAUAAACUGGCCAGGAAUGGGCUUUUUCUUCCAUCCGAACUGAAAGACUUUGAACUAUUCCUCCAAAGACUGAACCGUAUUGGGGGUGUGCUACAAGAUACCCUUCCUGUUCAAAACUACAGGACCAAAGAAGGUUGGAAUUUCCAUUCUCACCUCAUUCUUUAUUGUUUGGAACACAAUUUGCAGCAUCUUCUGUAUGUCUAUCUCGAUUUUUACAAACUUAAUCCUCCAAAUUGUUCCUUUUUGGAAAAAAAAGAAUUGCAUGAAGCUUAUCCCUGGUUUGAAUUUUUAGUUCAGUGUCGACAAGUUUCCAGUAAUUUAACAGAUCCAAAACUAAUCUUCCAGGCCAGCCUUGCAAAUGCUCAGAUACUGAUUCCUAGCAAUCAGGCCAGUGUAAGCAGUAUGCUAUUGGAAGGACACACCCUCCUGGCCCUUGCUACCACAAUGUAUGCUCCUGGGGGUGUUAGCCAGGUUGUUCAGAAUGAAGAAAAUGAGAACUGUUUGAAAAAAGUGGAUCCUCAGCUGCUGAAGAUGGCACUAACUCCUUACCCCAAGUUAAAGACUGCUCUGUUCCCACAGUACACUGUCCCUAGUAUCCUGCCACAUGAUAUUACCCUCUACCAUCUUAUUCAGUCAUUAUUGCCCUUUGAUUCCAGCAGAUUGUUUGGCUGGCAGUCUGCCAACACACUAGCCAUCGGAGAUGCAUCAUGUGAUCUCCCACAUUUUUCUAGACCAGACUUGGUUAAUAAGUAUGCUAUAGUGGAACGUCUGAGUUUUGCGUAUUAUUUGCAUCAUGGACGGCCAUCAUUUGCAUUUGGUACUUUUCUGGUCCAAGAAUUAACCAAGAGCAAAACUCCCAAACAGCUGGUUCAGCAAGUAGCCAAUGAAGCCUAUGUUUUAGGUCUCUCAUCCUUCUAUAUACCUUCAGUAGGAGCUGCCUGUGUUUGUUUCAUUGAGUUGCUCGGCCUUGACAGCCUCAAGCUCCGAGUUGAUAUGAAAGUGGCCAAUAUAAUUUUGAGCUACAAAUAUAGAGAUGCAGAUGCUCAUUACAACAUCACCAAGGAAUCCCUAGCUGAAAAACUAUCUAAACUGGCUGAUGGUGAAAAGGCAGCUGCAGAAGAAUUGCUUGUUCUUGUAGAAGAAGGUAUAUGGAACAGUAUCCAGCACCAGGACAUAAACAGGAUAUCCAGUGAUUCAAGCAACCAGUGGGCAUUAGCGAUACAGUUUUGCAGGCUCCACAAUCUGAAAGUGAGCACAUCUUACCUCGUAGAAUGUGCCAAAGCAAAUGAUUGGCUGCAGUUCAUUGUUCACAGCCAACUCCAUAACUACCAUCCGGAGGAGGUAAAAUCCCUUCUCCAGUAUUUCAACCCAGUUCUUCAAGAUCACUUAAGACUGGCUUUUGAGAACUUACCCUCAGACUCCAUAAUGAAUAGUGAUCAGGUCUGUGACAAGUCUCCCCAGCAACUCCUGAAAAACAAAGAGCAGAUGACUGAUUUCUUUGAAAUUUUGCUCCAGUGCUCAGAGGAGCCAAACUCCUGGUGCUGGCUCCUGGCUAAAGCAGUGAAACACCGGGCCCCUGUCCUGAGUGUCCUGGCCUCUUGUCUCCAGGAUGCCAGUGCUAUUCCUUGUCUCUGUGUUUGGAUUGUCACAUCUGUGGAGGACAGUGUUGGUGCUCAAGCAAUGAGACACAUUCAAGACUCAAUGGACAGUCAUAGCUGGGGCCUUGAAGAGCUCUCAGUCAUCUGGAGAACGUUAUUAACAAGACAGAAGAGCAAAACUCUCAUCAGAGGUUUCCAGCUUUUCUUUAAGGAUUGCCCAUUACUGUUGAUGAUGGAAAUGUAUGAACUGUGUAUAUUCUUCAAGAACUAUAAGGAAGCCAAAGCCAAACUCCAGGAGUUUCAGAAUCACCUUGAAACUCUUGAAGCGACAGCCACAGAAGUCCCGUCUCUCACCCCUGCCUCAUGGCUGAAAGAACAAGUGUGUUUUCUUUUGAAGCUUAUGCUGCAGCAGUGUAGGACACAAUAUGAGCUGGAGAAACUUUUACAGCUGUUUAUUGGCAUUGAGCAUCUCUUCUGUAAUGGUCCAAACAUGAAGAAACUGUGUGCCCUCAGUCAGAUUUUGAAGAAUACAUCCAUAGCCAUUAAUCAUGAAAUUAUUGCCAGCUAUAGCACUGAGAGUUUCCAGCGUGAAUGUAGAUCCAUUUUGGAAAGACUGCAGAAAAAUGGAAAGUUUGCCUUGGCCAGGAGGGUAGCAGAAUUAGCUGAGUUACCUGUGGACAGCUUGGUUAUAGAAGAGGUAACUCAGGAAAUGCAGACAUUGAAACACAUUAAACAGUGGUCCCUAAAACAAGCAAGAGUUGACUUCUGGAAGAAAUGCCAUGAGAGUUUUAAGAAAAAUUCCAUUUUGAGCAAAUCUGCAUCGUCCUUUUUUUCAUCCCAGGCCCUUGUGGCCUGUACAUCCCCCUCUGAAGAGCAGCGGAGCAGCAUUGAGGAACGUCACCUGCUUCUCACCCUGUCAGGGCACUGGCUUGCCCAGGAGGACCCCAUGCCAGUGGAUGAGCUGGAGGAACUGGAGAAGCAGAUCUGGCUCUGCCGCAUUGCCCAGCACACCCUGGGAGGAAGCCAAGAGGAUUUAGACCGCAGGUUUUCUCAACAGAUCUCAACUAGUGGUGAACUUUCCUUUGAUAGUUUUGCCAGUGAGUUUUCUUUCUCCAGGUUGGCUGCUCUGAACACAUCAAAAUACUUAGAGCUUAAUGGUCUUCCAUCCAAAGAUGUACAUGACAAUAGAUUGAGUUUGAAGGAGGAGGAAUCACUGAACUUUUUGAUUGGACGCCUGUUAGAUGAUGGCUGUGUUCAUGAAGCAAGCAGAGUGUGCCGCUAUUUUCGUUUCUACAACCGAGAUGUUGUCCUGGUGUUGCAUUGCCGAGCGCUAGCCUCAGGGGAAGCUAGUAUGGAAGACCUGCACCCAGAGGUCCAGGCUCUGCUGCAGAGCGCUGAACUGCGUGAGCAAGAGGAAUCUGAGGUUCCUCUGAGGAAAGUCCAAAGCACUUCAAGUUUGGAUAUUCAGUCCUUUGUGAUAGUGGCCUCCAGUGAUGAAGUGGUUACUGAUCUGGAAAUUCUAACAAGUAAAUGCCUCCAUGGGAAGAACUACUGCCGGCAGGUUGUGUGUCUGCAUGAACUUGCCAAGGAACUAGGCUGUUCCUACACAGAUGUUGCCUCCCAGAAGGGUGAGGCUGUACUCCGGGCAAUCUUGGCCUCUCAGCAGCCUGAUAGAUGCAAGCAAGCUCAGGCCUUCAUCAGCACCCAGGGCCUCAAGCCAGACACUGUGGCUGAACUAGUGGCUGAAGAAGUGACAAGAGAGCUGCUCACGUCAUCAGAGGGAACAGGACAUAAGCCGAUGUUCAGCCCUGCAGAAGAAAGCCAGACGUUUCUCCAGUUGACCAUGCUGUGUCAAGACCGCACAUUGGUUGGCAUGAAGUUGUUAGAGAAGAUAUCCUCUGUUCCCCAUGGAAAACUCUCUUGUACCACAGAGCUGCUGAUCCUGGCCCAUCAUUGCUUCUCCCUGACGUGCCACAUGGAGGGCAUCAUCCGAGUCCUGCAGGCUGCCCGGCUGCUCACAGAUAACCAUUUGGCCCCCAAUGAGGAGUAUGGACUGGUGGUACGUCUCCUCACUGGCAUUGGAAGGUACAAUGAAAUGACAUACAUAUUUGACUUGCUGCAUAAAAAACACUACUUUGAAGUGUUGAUGAGAAAGAAACUGGAUCCGAGUGGCACCCUGAAGACAGCCCUGCUUGACUACAUUAAGCGCUGUCGCCCUGGAGAUAGUGAAAAGCAUAACAUGAUUGCCCUGUGCUUCAGCAUGUGCCGGGAGAUUGGCGAGAACCAUGAGGCAGCUGCCUGCAUCCAACUUAAACUGAUCGAAUCUCAGCCAUGGGAGGAGAGCCUCAAGGAUGGGCACAAGCUGAAGCAGCUCUUGCUGAAAGCCCUGACACUGAUGCUGGAUGCUGCAGAGAGUUAUGCCAAGGACUUCUGUGUGAGACAAGCCCUGCGCUGUCACCGGUUCACCAAGCUGUUAACAUUACAGAUUCACUUUCUGAACACUGGCCAGAACACAGUGCUCAUCAACCUGGGCCGCCAUAGGUUGAUGGACUGUAUUAUGAGCCUCCCUCGAUUCUACCAGGCUUCUAUUGUGGCUCAGGCCUAUGACUUUGUUCCAGAUUGGGUUGAAAUUCUAUACCAGCAAGUGAUUCUUAAAGGUGACUUUAAUUACCUGGAAGAAUUUAAACAGCAGAGGUUAUUAACAUCCAGUGUAUUUGAGGAGAUUUCAAAAAAAUACAAACAGCAUCAGCCUACAGACACAAUAAUGAAAAACCUGAAGAAGUUACUGACAUAUUGUGAAGAUAUCUACUUGUAUUACAAGUUGGCAUAUGAACACAAAUUUUAUGAUGUUGUAAAUACGCUUCUGAAGGACCCUCAGAUAGGCUGCUGUAUAAAGGACAUGCUGGCAGGUUAG